AUGAUUGAUCCUUGUAGAGCAGAUGAGUGGGACGUGAACAAAUGGGCAUGGGAAGGAGAAUUGAAAGUGGUGAGCAAAGGAGAAGAAUGCAUUAAUAAACUUGUAGAUAAAACCACUGGGGAACUUUACGCUCAGGCCUUUCUGCGUGAUGGUGAACCUUAUCAUGUAGAAGCCGUUAUCGACAGUAGCAGGUACUUGAACAAGAAGAAAACAGCAGAAGAAAUGGAAAAACACUUUCAAAACACUUCAUCUAUCGAUUACAACUUAAAGGAAGGAGAAACCAUUGUUCUUCAACUAAAAAAUAGGAAUGAUCAAGACACAAAGUCUAAGUUGGUGGAUAAGAGUCUCAGUAAUCUCAGUUGGAAGCAAAGGGAUGUUCAUGCUGAUGCACAUUACUCUGAUCUCGCUCUUGUAACAUGUGAUGUCGAUGAGAUAGCUGCUGGUUCGAAGUCUAGCUUGGUUCAUGCUGAUGCACAUGGCUAUUGUUUGGUUUAUAUAUAUUUUGGAUGCACAAGACUAAUUGAUGGCUUAUGUGAAUCACAUGACAACAAUUUAUAA